AUGAGUGCUGAACAGAUGGUUUUGCGCGGGACCCUUGAAGGGCACAGCGGCUGGGUCACUUCCCUCGCCACUUCCCUCGAGAACCCCAACAUGCUCUUGUCCGCUUCGCGUGACAAGACUCUGAUCAUCUGGGACCUCACCCGUGACGAGGGAAGCUUUGGUGUCCCCAAGAGGAGUCUCAAGGGUCACUCCCACAUCGUCUCCGACUGUGUGAUCUCUUCCGACGGUGCCUACGCUCUUUCCGCCUCUUGGGACAAGACCCUCCGUCUGUGGGAACUCUCCACCGGUCAGACCACCCGCCGCUUCGUCGGACACACUGGUGACGUCCUUUCCGUCUCUUUCUCCGCCGACAACCGUCAGAUCGUCUCCGGAUCCAGGGAUCGCUCAAUCAAGCUCUGGAACACCCUCGGUGACUGCAAGUUCACCAUCACCGACAAGGGUCACACCGAGUGGGUUUCUUGCGUCAGGUUCUCCCCGAACCCCCAGAACCCUGUGAUUGUUUCUGCUGGUUGGGACAAGUUGGUCAAGGUCUGGGAACUCGCUUCCUGCCGCAUCCAGACCGACCACAUCGGUCACACCGGUUACAUCAACACCGUCACCAUCUCCCCCGACGGCUCUCUCUGUGCUUCCGGUGGAAAGGAUGGAACCACCAUGCUCUGGGAUCUCAACGAGUCCAAGCACCUCUACUCCCUCAACGCCGGCGACGAGAUCCACGCUCUUGUCUUCUCCCCCAACCGCUACUGGCUGUGCGCUGCCACCGCUAGCUCCAUCAUUGUCUUCGACCUCGAGAAGAAGUCCAAGGUCGACGAGCUCAAGCCCGAGUUCGUUACCGCUGGCUCAAAGAGCCGCGACCCGGAGUGUGUUUCAUUGGCUUGGAGCGCGGAUGGACAGACCCUGUUUGCUGGUUACACAGACAACAUCAUCAGGGCUUGGGGCGUCAUGAGCAGGGCUUAG